AUGGAUGAUGAAUCUGAUGAUUCAAUUAUAACUAUGAGUAUGAUUGAAAAAGAACAAAAAACGAUGUCAUUAACAAUUACCACCGAAACAGCAACAACACCAGUUUCUCGUAAAUUAAAGAAAAAAAAAGGUAUUUUUAAAAAAGAUUGGUUAAAUAUAAAAGAAUAUUCACCAUGGUUACAAGAAAUAAAAAAUGAUUCUACAAGAGCUCGAUGUAAAGCUUGUUUAAGAACAUUUAGUGUUCAUUAUGAUGGAAAAACAGCUUUAAAAAAAACACAUGAACAGUGUGAAAUACAAAAAAUUUCAGCAAUAGAAGGUACUUUUGUGUACCAUGGUGUAAAACAUGGUCAUAGUUAUACUUCUCAACAAUGUACAAUUAAUUUAGUUAAAACUUUGUUUGAAUCAUCUUCAACAGUUGCUAAAUCAUUAUCAUGUGCUAAAACAAAAUCAAGAGCUAUUGCUUGUAAUGUUCUUGCUCCAUAUUUUAAACGUAAAAUACUUGAUGAAGUAUUAGAAGCACGUUUCUAUUCGAUAUCAUUUGAUGCUUCGAAUAAAGGAAAUACUAAAAUUUAUCCAUUUGUUAUACAAUAUUUUUCUGAUAUUGGUGUAAAAAAAGAAAGUGUACUAGAUAAUAUUCAACAAGCUGAAUUCAAACUGCAACGUACAUGGACAACAGCUGUUGAUCUAUAUCGUAUUAUUACUAAUUUAAUUAAAAAAUUAGAACAAAGAUUACAAAAUAAAUAUUUUGGAAAUGAAGUCCAUUUGAUAUUUAAUCGAUUAAAAGAAGUUGACAAAAAUAGAGUUGAAGAAUUACAAGAAUCAUUUGAAUUAUUCAUAAAAACUGUUGUUGAAUAUAUCAAUUCGUAUUUUAAUCCUGAAAAAGAGUUCUAUGAAAUAUUGUCAGUUUUAGAUAGUCAAUCGAUUCACUUUCUUGAAUGGGAUUACUUUAUGAAUCUUGUCAAUUUAAUCAAAAUAGAUGGUAUAAAUAUAGAUGAAUUAUAUAAUGAAUAUUGUGAAAUUAAGUUUAUAUACGAUAAUAUGAAAAAUAAAAAUGUUACAAUAAAUGAACAAAUAAAAUCAUAUAUUUCUAGUAAAAAUGUUUAUAAUUCAGAAUCAGCAACAAAUAAUAAUUAUGAAAUUUUAUGUGACAUCAUUGAUAAUGAAAAAGAUGAUAUAUUAAAUAAAGAUCAAGAUUCAAAAGGAUUUAUUCAGUCUGAUCAGUUAUGGUCAUAUUUGUUGAACAUCAAACCAAAUACUACACCAAAUUUGAAAUUGAUUAUUUCUUAUGUAUUUUCCAUUCCUUGCAGCAAUGCUUUUGCUGAAAGUAUAUUUAGUCACAUGAAUCACCUAUGGUCUGAUUAUCGAAAUAGAAUGGAUAUGGAAUUAGUUGCUGCUGAAUUACAAAUUAGAAAGAAUGCUAAUAUUUCUUGUAAAGAUUUUUAUAAAUUUAUUUUAUCUCAAGAAGAUUUAUUAAAAAAAAUAGCAUCAAAUGAAAAAUUUGGUAAAAAGAAACGUAUUCUUGAUAAAUGA